CCUUCCCUCCUUCAUUGCUUCGACGGCAUUGCAAUGGCUCGGGAUAAAAGGGAGUCGGACUUGGAGGCACAGCCUCCGACCAGAUCACCGACGCAGGCGGAGGCGGAUGAUGAGGACCUGCAGCAGCAACAGCAGGACGAUGACGAUGGCGUAAGGGUGUUCAACACUCGAGGCAGGCCCGACCUCGUCUUUCAACAAUCCUAUCUUGUUGGCGAGCGCACCAAUUCCAUGUCACUGGCAGAGCAAGAUGGUCAGUCGCCGAAGAAGAGAAGGAGCCUGAUUCCGAGCUUGGGCUCGAUUGACGACCGGCUGCUCAAGAGGCAAGGCACAAGCUCCGAGGGUCCAAAGUCACCCCCACUUCUGUCGAGGCGGAGUCGAUCACAAAAGAGAUCGGAUACGAUUGGCGACAGGCGUGCAUCAGAGCAGAAGGUGCCUGGAUUGCAGAAUGAGGAGCAGACGGAUACACCCGUUGCUGCGACGGCGACUGGAGGGCCGGAUGGGCAACGAGAGGGAGGACGGCUUCAGCCUCUCAAGAGCAGAGUGGCAGACCUGCACGCUCUGCAUCCACAUCUGGCAAACUCGGUCCCGUCUCGUCCUCUGCUUCCGAUCGUCGCUUUUCCUAACCAGGGCAUCGGAAAGAUGUCCGAGUACGACCUGGACGCGCCCAUCUGGUCAAGACAGCCAUACAAGAUCAUGUAUUAUGUCUACUUUGGCCUCUCCAUCGGUCUCGUCUUCCUUCCGUGGUUCGCCUUCAUCUCGCUCUUCCCAAGCCGACGAGCGAGGCCAACUUGGACUUGGAAAAAGUCGACUUUGGUCAAGCUGUACCGGCAUGGAACCAGGCUGACUUUCCGCACACAUACGUCCCUCUCUCGUGACCUGACGAAAGAGGUGCCUCACAGCAAGACGCUUCGGUGCAAGUUCGUUUGGGUUAAAGCCUUGGAGGACUCCAGUGUGCGAGGCGAGGUGAGAAAGGCCAUGCACGUCCAAGGUCUCAAGCCCGCACGCACUUGUGGUUUCUGGUACGGGGAGAGGGAUGGAGGUGGGGGUGUGGGCCAAAGGGCAACAAAGGGCGAAAAGGUCGUCUACCACCUCCACGGCGGCGCCUACUGGAUCGGGACGGCUCACGAAAAAGAUGUGACUUCGGCUGUCAAUGUUCAGCUUCUCAAAGCUCUCGAUGGACUGUACUCCUCGCGGGUACAUGCGUCCAACAAUGGCAAUCUUGUCACGCCAGAGAAUGGCAAAGGCCCCCCACCAAGCCCUCACCCCCCGCAGGGAGGUCCUGCACCCAACACGUCAACGGGCGGUCACUGCAAACGAUCGUUCUCCCUCGACUAUCGGCUCUGCGUACCCGGAAGGCCGGAGGUAGGAAGCUACCCCGCUGCUCUUCUCGACGCUCUAGCGGGCUACCGAUACCUGGUCGGCGAGUGCGGCUUCGAGCCUGAAAAUAUUGUCGUCGCAGGCGACAGCGCAGGUGGAAACUUGGCACUGGCUAUGUGUCGCUAUCUUCGAGACGAAGGCAUCGAUGGAAUGCCCGGCGCGAUGCUCCUACUGUCUCCUUGGGCCGACACCUCGCGCUCCCAUUCGGGACCAACAAAUGCGCCAAACAAACUCAGCACCUCCGUCAUCAACAAUUACUGCGACAUCAUCAGCCCUUCGGUAUCCUUUCGGAACACGGCCGUGGGCGCUUUGCUCGGCAAGCUGCCAGCGAGAGAGACGUACCGUAAUCCUUACCUCUCUUCUAUUUCACUGCAGCUCAGCCCUGACAAGGGAGGUUCGGGGCCUGACUGGGGCUUUCGAGGAUUUCCCAAGAAGAUCUACGUGUCCACUGGCACAGCAGAGAUCUCGCACGAUCAGCACUUGACUCUAGCGCACCGUCUCGCGGGUGGAACCCGAAGGCGAGUGCCUCUCUUGGUCGGCUGUGAGGCCAGCAGGCACGAGGAUCCGUAUGAGAUGGCCGCAAGGUUAUGCUAUCCGAGACCAGAGGAACAUGAGGUCACACUGUGGCCAAGCGCUCAGAAUACGCCCCUGGGCACCCCGCUGGGCCCGCCCAAGGGGGGCGGGAUGGAGCUCAUGAAGAGCAAGAGCGGGGUAGAGGAGGAGCAACCGGCCGUGUACCGGUCCAUGAAGGCUACCCCCUUCAAGAGAGGACCUAGCAGGUUGAACCCCGCCUCACAAGCUGCGGGCAGUCAAGAGGAACAAGAUGCGCAACAAUGGAAACGAUCAGAGCAGGUUGACGAUGAGACCGCGUCGCCGGAAGGAGCCUUCAAAAACACAGCCAAUGCGACAGCGUCGAAUCCAGCCGCGGGCGAGGGGAGCCCUCUGAUCGAGGGUGAGGUCCGCGAAGCCGAUCAGCAGAAAGGUUCUCGUGUAACGCAUGGGCAGGCCUUUUCGUUAGAAGAGCAACAACGAGAGAGGGACAUAGAGGAUAGUAAGAAAGCUCAUUCAUCCGCUUCUUCCUCCUCGUCGAGAUCUUUCAAUAAGCUCGCAGGGAAGCCGAACGGGAAAGAUGAAACGGGCAAGAACGAACGUCCCUCUCACCACUUGACAGCGUACCCGUCUACUUCGGCUUUUGUAAACAUGGAAGAUGAGAAGCACAACGGACAGAACCGGCGCUAUCGAUUUGUCAGCCAGCUCGGCAACGACAAACACGAAGAGGAAUGCAAUAAUCAGCAUGCCGCAGGUGAGACUCGUGCCAACGGCCACGGUGCUGCCAAUGGCAAGGAAGAGUCAUACUUUGACGUGGGCGGCGAGGACCGCGUCGUGAUCCUCGACGAGUGUCUGGACGGGAUUCACGACUUUACGCUCUUUGACUGGUUUGAGCCCGAGCGCUCCACUACAUGGUCAAGAAUUGCACGAUGGCUGGAUCAGGAUCAUAGCUCGUUUUCCGGCUAGAUGCUCUUGCUGCUCUUAACACCUUUUUAUCACUCUCGCACACAUCACUUGUAGAAGUCAAUCAUUUUGUCGCUUUGCAUGCACCAGAAUCUAGCAUCAGUCUGUCGCUCCGCU